UCAGCGCCUGGCCAUGCAGGCGCUCGCGGAUACCUGCCCUGCUUGGCGCCGCGUCUGAAGAUUCGCCUCGGCACAACAGUUGAGUCUCCAUCUGGCUACCAACCCACCAGAGCUUUCUUCUCCUCCAUCACCACCUUCCUGCCUCCCCCUCCUCCCCCUCCUUUCCGUCUUCCCUCUCCACCCCCGCCCCCAAUCUCCUCCUCUUUUUCUCACUACAAGCGGUUGCUGAUGCUGAAGCCGAGCGUCACUUCGGCUCCCAAGGCAGACAUGGCGACAUUGACAGUGGUCCAGCCGCUUACUCUGGACAGAGAUGUUGCAAGAGCAAUUGAACUACUGGAAAAGCUUCAAGAAUCUGGAGAAGUACCUGUGCACAAGCUACAGUCUCUCAAAAAGGUGCUUCAGAGUGAGUUUUGUACAGCAAUCCGAGAGGUGUAUCAAUACAUGCAUGAAACGAUCACUGUUAACGGCUGCCCCGAAUUCCGUGCGAGGGCCACAGCAAAGGCAACAGUUGCAGCCUUUGCAGCCAGCGAAGGUCACUCCCACCCUCGGGUAGUCGAACUGCCAAAGACUGAUGAAGGCCUGGGUUUCAACGUGAUGGGAGGAAAGGAACAGAAUUCCCCAAUUUAUAUCUCCCGAAUCAUCCCCGGAGGGGUAGCUGAAAGACACGGAGGGCUGAAGAGAGGCGACCAGCUGCUUUCUGUGAACGGAGUGAGUGUGGAAGGGGAGCAUCACGAGAAAGCUGUGGAGCUACUCAAGGCUGCGAAGGACAGUGUGAAGCUGGUGGUCAGAUAUACCCCAAAAGUCCUGGAGGAGAUGGAGGCUCGUUUUGAAAAGCUGCGGACAGCCCGGCGCCGGCAGCAGCAACAAUUGCUCAUUCAGCAGCAGCAACAGCAGCAGCAGCAGCAACCACAACAAAACCACAUGUCAUAGGCCAUGAAGAAAAGCUACCAGCUCAACCAUCAGACAGUCAAGAAUUUGAAACCGUGCUCCAGAAUCCCAGCACAUAGAAAAAGGGAAAGGCAACACCAAUAACUGCACCCGUCACAAAGCUGUGAACACGUGCUGUCUCCAUCCUUUACCACGGCAGUUCAACAUCUUCCUCCUCUGGGUACCAGGCCCCUGCUCAUUGCUUUUUACUCACUCAGACCUUCCGUUCACGGCAGUGGAAACUCCCAGUGUGUUGAGGGAGGGACUUCUCCAGUCUGCAGACUGAAGCAGUGUAAGAAUAAAGUCUGUGACUUUUGAACAAA